CUCUGCCCGGCCCAAGCAGGAAGUUCCAGAGUUUGCCGUGGCCCGGGCCGCUCGGCAGAACCAGGAAGUCAGCCGGUUCUCUGCCCUCGGCCUCUCCUCCCUGGCACCCCUCUAGAGCUGGCACGGAGCCGCCCAGCGGCUGCCUCCCUCCUUCCCGCCCAGGGCCAUGGCUACGGUGGACCCCUUCCUCCUGGCACUUCACCGCAUCUCCUGCAACCUGUCAAAGAAGGAACUGGAAGACAUGAAAUUCUUUUGCAAGAAGGACAUUGGCAAGAAGAAGCUAAAUGAGGUGGAGCAAGCCAUCCAGCUCUUCUCCCUUCUGAUGCAGCAGAAUUUGCUGUCCGCCAACAACACAGCUUUCCUGACCUCCGUGCUCCGAAGUCUGAAGCGGGAUGACCUGAUCCAGGAGCUGGCCAAGGCUGCAGGGAGCCAGCCUGGUUCUGGGGCGCCGCUGGAUCCAGCAGUGGAAGAACAACUAGAGGUCACAUUUGACGUUCUUUGUGGCCACGUGGGUCGAGACUGGAAAAGGCUGGUUCGAAAACUGGGCAUUUCCCAGGUGGACAUUGACAGGAUAGUUUAUGCACAUCCUCAUGACUUGAGGGAGCAGCUCUACCAGUCACUAUUAGUCUGGAAAAAAUCCGAAGAAAAAGAAGCCAACGUCUCCACCAUCCAAAAGGCACUUCGAGACUGUGAGCUGAACCUAGUAGCAGACAUCUUAGCAGACAAGCUGGAAAAGAUGCAUCUCUGAGAAGCCCCCAGGGGUGGUGACCAGAAGUCGAACAAGCACUAACAAACCACCUUGCUGAGCUCACUUCUUUCUUUCAGACGCAUUUGUGAAUUGAGGCAGUUGGACCCGAGAGCCUCGCUCUCCUGACAGUUGUCCGUACAGAUCCACUACUCUGCCCUCGGCCCUCUUCUGCCCGGCUCCCUUGCCUUGGAGCCCGUCCACCUCUGGCCCUCAGAACAUAGGUCAAGUCCGCGCUCUCAUUCCGCAAAAGUCCGUGUCAUCAGUUGGCUUCUUCCCUACCCCGGAGGCUCCUCCCUGGCCUCCUCCUAUGCACGUUGUCUGACUUAAUUGGAACAGAAGCUCUUGGUGGGCAGGCAAGCGACGGCCUUGUGUUAUUUUACUUUGGUUCUCAGUGAGUAGCAUAGUGUCGGCUCGUGUUUAGCGACUAAAUUUUCAUUCUUUCAACAUCCCUUUGAAGCGACUGGGGAUGUGUAGCCUUGAGAGGAGAAGACGCAAGGAGGAGCAUGGAGCAUUCUUCAAGUAUCUGAAGGGCUGCGCUGAGGAGAAGGGGUUGGACUGGUUCUCUUUGGUCCCAGAGGGCCAAUCGUGGGGAAAGUGAAGAGGAGAAUUUAGGCUGGAUGGCAGGAAAAACUUCUGAAGCCUGAGAGCUGUCCUGAAGUGGGCAGGCAGCCUUCCCGGGCUGGGGCAGGUUUGCCUGCACUGAAUCAGGUCUUCCAAGAUUAUCACUCAGGCGCACAGCCCAAAAGUCUCAUUUCAUUUUCACCUGGUUGUCAAGUUGGGUCAUCUUGCCUCUAGGGCAUCUCUUUUGUCCAUCCUCUUCUCCUCCUCCCCUCAUCCAGGUACAUGUUCAUGUCCUCAACCUAGACUCACCCAAUAGUUUGGGAACUUGUGUUCCUUCCUGCUCACAUCUUUUCACUCAUAGCUACCAAAUGAAUAUUCUGAAAGCCUACCUCUGAACACAAAACUUCCUGCUCAAGAACAUUCAGAGGCUUCCUUGUGCCCCUAGGAUAAAGUACAAAUUCAUGUAUGUGCUGUUCAAAAGCAUUAUAAAGUGCUGUUCUUCAUUUAUGAUAAGACAUCUCCCACCUCCAAACCUUUGCAUAGGUGGCCCUGAUGCCAGAAAUGCUCAGCCUCUUCAUAUUCACCUCUUGGAAUCUCAAACUAUCAAAGAUCAGUUCCAUCACCUUCACCUUCAGGAAGCCAUUCUUGGUUUUCCCUCACCAUUCCCUUCACUUUCCAUUUAUUUCACAUCUCUCCUGGAUUGGCCUGUCUGAGAACAUGUUUUGUUACCACCUCAUUUAUCCACUGUAAAACGUGGCUACUCGCAGCAAUGAUCUGGGACAAUUCUGAAGGGCUCAGAAGGGGAAUGCUCGUCACCUUUAUAGAAGAACUGUUGGAGUCAGAAUACUGAUCAAAGCCGACUAUUUUCCACAUUCCUUUAUUUAUGUUUUUAUUUAGUGGGUUUGAUUUUAUAGGAAUAUUCUCUUACGAUAAUGCCUAAUAUGGAAGUAAGCGUACAUGUAUAACCUUGAUCAUGGUGGGGAGGGAGGAAGAUCAUCUAAAUCUUGUCAUUUUGGAAAAUGUAUGUUGAAAAUUGUUAUUACAUGUAAUUGGGAAAAUAAAAUAUAUUUUUUUUAACCCUUA